AUGGAGCGAAAUGCGCGGGAGGCGUGUGAGGAGCGGGAGAAGGCGGAUGUGGCCAAGGCGGCGCAGGCGGAAGCUGACGCGGCAGCCAAGGCUCAGGCCGACGCCGCGGCCAAGGAGCAGGCAAAUGCAAUCGCCAAGGUGCAGGAGGCGGAGGCGGCCCACAGCCGGGCUCCGUUGCUCGUUGUCUCGCUGCGCGCCGUGCCACCGGCGCCGGAGAGCCAGGCGCCGAUUGGAGGAGCCGGUGAUGACCAGCCGGUCCUGGAGAAGGGAGGGGGCGACCCCGUCAUCUUGGGGGCGGAAGUGCCCCCGCCUACGCCGACUGCCGACGCCCAGACCAGUCGGCCUGACGCGCCGCAGGUGUCGCCAGUCGGUGGCGAGUUGGUGGUGGGCUCGACUCCCGCAGUCCGCACUCUGGUGCGCCGUCGUGCGGCGAAGGCGGCCUCAGCGCGACGGCCGUUGGAGGUCGGGGCGGCAAGUUCGUCGGCUCCCGAAGCCGAGGCCACCAGUGCCGCCCCUCCGGAAUGGACGCUUGGGGGCGGGACGGGUGUUCUGAACACGGCCGCGCAGGACGUCCAGGCUCGGUUCCAGGCCCAAGGCGCCGCCCUUCAGCAAUACACGCAGGCGUUCCUGGCGACGCGGUCGGCCGUCCGGGAUUACCACAACAUCCGUGCGGCCGCCUUCAACUCCCAUGUCCAGGAGCUGGCCAAGCGGACCACUGAUUUGGCCGAGAGCCGGAGUAAGCACUCCGAGGAGGAGCGCAGCAAGGCGGCCCAGGAGUGCGGCCGCCUGGUCAAGGAGUUGGCGAACCAGGCGGAUCGACACAAGGCGGACCUCCAGAAGGUGAAGGACAACGAGGCCAACCUCCAAGCCGAGUUUGAGACUGAACGCUCGGCCUGGGCCGAGAAGGAGAAGGCUAUGAACGACGGCUACGGCACGAUCGAAGAUAUGAUCGAUGAAUUCUUCCCUAGUCACGCUGUUGCUGCCAACCAGGCCAUCGAGGCUCGCUGCGACGAGCGAAGACGGGUUGGUGCAGAAAUCGCGCCCAACGCGCCCCGGACUCUCGGCGAGCAGCUUCUCGCCGUCCAAGCUCGCCUCCAGCCGGCUCAUCGGAUGCUCCGCCGCCUGCAGCGCGUCGGGGCCCAGGUGCUGACCGCCCUCUAG